AUGGCCUUAUCUGCAGCCCGACACCUUCUGGGGCCCUGCAGGACCCCUGUUCAGGGCAGCCUGCUGCUGCUGCUGCUGCCACUGGGCCUUGGCUGGACACAACCCCUGAAGGCUACAGUGACACCGGUGAGGCCUGGAAGACAGGAGCCCGUCCUCCCGGUAGCUGGCAUGCGUGACCCUGUCAGCCUGGCCCCAGGCCUCUCUAGCCUCUUCUGUGUGGAGGUGUCUCACUGGAGUGCCAGGCGUGUCCUGGAGCUGGUUGUGACCACGAGGCAGAAGAACAUUACGCUCCAUGUGGAUCAGCUGCGCUGUCUGGCAAGCCGUCUCUCUGGGCACCUCACCCUUCAGGACCUGGAUACCCUCCCAGUGGAUAUGCUGCCCUUCCUCAACCCUGCCUUGUUCCCUGGGCCUCAGGCCUGUGCUGGCUUCUUGUCCCGAGUCUCCAAGGCCAACAUUCACAUGCUCCCACCAGGGGCUCCUGAGCGCCAGCGACUGCUCCCCGUAGCCCUGGCCUGCCGGGGUGUGCGGGGCUUUCGGGUGAGUGAGGCUGACGUGCAGGCCCUGGGGAGCCUGGCUUGUGACCUGCCCGGGCGCUUUGUGACCAAGGCAGCGGCCUCCCUUCUCCCCCGGCUGGCCAGCUGCCCAGGGCCCCUGGGCUGGGACCAGCAGGAGGCAGCAAGGAUGGCUCUGAAGGCUGGAGGACCCCCUUAUGGCCCCCCAUCGAGGUGGUCUGUCUCCACCCUGGAUGCUCUGCAGGGCCUGCUGGCUGUGCUGGACAUGUCCAUCAUUCACAGCAUCCCCCAGGGGGUUGUGGCCUCAUGGCUACAGCGCAUCUCUGGGCCCCAAUCAUGGCGGAAGUCUGAGCCCACUGACCUGCUGCCAAGGUUCCGGCGAGACACAGAAAAGGCCUGUCCCCCGGAGAAGAAGGUGGAGGUCGUGGAUGAAAGCCUCUUCUGGUAUGAGGAGUGGGAGCUGGAGGCCUGCGUGGAUGGCACCAUGCUGGCUGAACAGAUGGACAAUGUGAACAGGAUCCCCUUCACCUACCAGCAGCUCAGCAUUUUCAAGCGCAAGUUGGACAAGACCUAUCCACAAGGGUACCCCGAGGCCCUGGUCCGGAAGCUCGGCCUCCUUUUCCGCUAUGUCCUCCCAGAGGACAUCAGCAAGUGGAACGUGACCUCCCUGGACAUGGUGAAGGACUUGUUCCGGGCCAGCAGCGGGCAGAGCACCAACGUGCAGGUGACCGCCCUGGUUGCCCGCUACCUGCUGGGGAGGGAUGAUUUGGAUAAGGACACGCUGGACUUCCUGGCUGGUGUCCGCCCCACUUACCUGUGUGUCCUCAGUGCCGAGCAGCUGGAGUCCCUGCCCCUCAGUGUCCUAUGGACAGUCAUGCCCAAGGAUCUGGAUGCAUGCAGCCCACAGCAGCUGGGCCUUCUCUAUCCCAAGGCCCAGUUGGCCUUCCAGAAUGUGAGCGGGCUGGAGUACUUUGGGAAGAUCAAGGCCUUCCUAGGUGGGGCUUCCACAGAGGACCUGCAGGCCCUUGGCCGACAGAACAUCAGCAUGGACUUGGCCACAUUCAAGCAGCUGCCCGUGGAGUCAGUGGUGCGGCUGACCGUGGAUGAUGUGAAGAUGCUUCUGGGCCUGCAUGUGGCAGAGCUGAAGGGGGAGGAGAACAAUAGCCCCGUGCGGGACUGGAUCUUCCAGCAGCACCAGGAAGACCUGGACCAGCUGGGGCUUGGGCUACAGGGCGGCGUCCCCAAUGGCUACUUGAUCCUGGACCUCAGCUUCCGAGAGGCUUUCUCCCGGGGAGCUCCAUGUCCUACACCUGGACCUGUGCUUGCCUGGCUCUCUGCUCUGCUCUUGGUCUUCACUCUGAGCUGAAAUCUUGCUUCUGAGUGCCCAGCCCCAGCCCACUGUGGAGCCCUGCCUGGCUGAAGGUAGCCCAGUGGCAUUGGGGCUCAAUAAACAGCAAUGUGUCACUGU